AUGGCUCUAAAUAUUAGACAAGUAGUAUAUUUUAUAACUAUUUUCUCUUUUUUCACACGUUACAACUCUUUGAAAAAGGACCCACCUUCUUAUAAUUACAUUGAAGAAGUAGUAGCUGAUGGUUAUGAUCCACAAGCAUAUCCUUCAUAUUUCAGCACCAUUGAAGAUGGCAUGCUUAAGGAUUUGAUGUGCCCAAUGACUGAUGUUCUUAGCCAGCAGGGGUUAGGUAAUGAAGUGGAUAUCAUCACAUCAACUUCAACUAAAACAAUUAUUAAUGUAAAUGAUUUUGGAGCAACUGGUGAUGGAACUACUGAUGACACAGAGGCAUUUGAGAUGGCUUGGGAGGAAGCUUGUUCGUUAGAGGGUGCAGUUGUUCUUGAGGUGCCUGAAGGAAACAGCUAUUUUCUUAGACCUAUUAGAUUUUCAGGUCCCUGCGAAUCUAAUCUUACAAUCGAGAUAUAUGGAACCAUAGAAGCAUCUGAUGAUAUGUCAGACUACGAGGAAGAAAGCAGAUACUGGCUCGUCUUUGAUAGCGUUGACAAUUUGAUAAUUGAAGGUGGCGGAAAUAUUAAUGGUAAUGGCGAUAUAUGGUGGCAGAACUCUUGCAAAAUCAACAAAGAUCUGCCAUGCACACAUGCACCAACGGCUCUCACCUUGUACAAGAGCAAAAACUUGACAGUGCAAAACUUGAACAUCAUAGAUGCACAACAAAUUCAUGUUUCCUUUGAAAAAUGCACCAAUGUUCAAGCUUCUAAUCUGACAGUAACAGCCCCAGAGAAAAGUCCCAACACAGAUGGGAUUCAUGUCACACAUACUCAAAACAUCCAGAUCACGAACUCUGUCAUUGGAACAGGUGAUGAUUGUAUCUCAAUUGUAAGCGGAUCCCAAAAUGUGCAAGCCAUGGACAUAACUUGUGGCCCUGGUCAUGGAAUCAGUAUUGGGAGCUUGGGAUCUGGAAAUUCAAAGGCUUAUGUUUCAGGUGUAAUUGUCGAUGGAGCUAAGCUUUCUGGAACCACAAAUGGAGUCAGGAUCAAGACAUGGCAGGGAGGGUCAGGAAGUGCAAGCAACAUCACAUUUCAAAACAUUAAAAUGUAUAACGUAACCAACCCCAUCAUCAUAGAUCAAAACUACUGUGAUCAAGAGAAACCAUGCAAAAAACAGAAAUCUGCUGUUCAGGUGGAAAAUGUGGUGUACAAGAACAUCGAAGGGACUAGUGCUUCCGCAGUGGCAAUAAAAUUUGAUUGCAGUAAGAGACAUCCUUGCAAAGGGAUUGUGCUACAAAAUGUUGACUUAGAGAAACAAGGAGAAAAUGUCAAAGCAAUCUGCAACAAUGUUAAAUUGAGUGAAAUGGAUAAUGUUUUCCCAGAAUGUCCUUGUCCUUGA